CGCGCAGCGUAACGAGCGAGGCCUCACUGUUUAUCCUGCAGUUACUCGUCUCUAUCAAACCAUGAACGGGCUCAGAUUUCCUCAAGGUAAUCUGGCUUCCCAGAAACCCCCUGCUAAAUGCAAGGGUUUGCUGUCCUGUCUACUGACUGUUACACCUGAGGCUGGUUUUAAUACAGAUUCUGGACAUCAUAAGGCAAGCUCUCGAGUGCCCUUCGAGAAGCAGCCACCCUCCAGUGAGAUGUCCCGGCACCACAGUCGCUUCGAAAGAGACUAUCGCGCCGGCUGGGACCGCCGGGAAUGGAGCGCCAACGGCAACCACGUCGGCAGCGGGAGCUGCAGCAGCGGCGCUGGCGGCACGGGCAGCGCCCGGCCUGGCCUGUUGCCCUUGCCCAUUGUGCCCUCCCGCCUGCCCACGCCAGCCACAGUGCCAGGCACCACCGGCGGCAGCGAGGCCAUCACCAGCCUGGUGGCCAACUCGUCCGCGGCGGCCACUACCAAAACCCCAUGCAUUGCCAAGACUGAGAACCAGCCUCAAGGACUCGCCACUAGCGUUCGGUGGGGACAGACACCCAUCAAUCAGUCGACCCCGUGGGACACCGAUGAGCCGCCCUCCAAGCAGAUGAGGGAGAACGACAACCCAGGUGCGGCGCCGUGGGUGACGCCGGUGGCGGCGGGCAGCCAGCCGCCCCUCAUCCCGCACUCRUACGGCAUGACGCAGGCGCCCAGCUUCAGCCCGGCCGCCAGCGCGCAGGCGCCCGUCAUCGGCGUGACGCCCUCGCUGCCGCCGCACGUGGCGCCCCAGCUGCCUCUGCUGCCUGCACACUACCAGCUGCCGCAGCAGCCCUCGCAGCCCCUCAGCAACAUGGUGGUGAACCUGCAGAGCCAGCCCCUCUACACCAACAGCCAGCCGCUCAGCAUGGCCUCGCUGCCCGGCGCCGUGGGCCCCGCCGCGCACCCGGCGCACGGCGCCGUGGCCAACGGCCACCUCGCCUGCCCGCUGCUGCCGCCGCCGCCGCUGCCCUCGGCCGCGCUGCCCAGCGCCGGGCCCGCCGCCACCAACGGGCAGGCGGCGCCGCCGCUGCCGCCCGCGCAGGACGCGCCCGCCGCCGGGCUGCAGAUGCUGCGCACCAUCGGCGUGGGCAAGUACGAGUUCACCGACCCCUGGCACCCCAAAGAAAUGUUGAAGGAGUUGAACCAGCAACGCAGAGCGAAAGAGUUUACAGACCUGAAAAUUAUUGUUGAAGGCAAAGAGUUUGAAGUCCACCAAAAUGUUCUAGCUUCCUGCAGCUUGUAUUUCAAGGACCUGAUUAAAAGGUCUCCUCGAGAUGGGAGCCGGAGCGGGGAGAAGUUGGAACUGGCCAUGUCAAACCUCACCGCGGACGUCCUAGAGCUGCUCCUGGAGUUUGUUUAUACAGGUUCUUUGAUCAUCGAUUCGGCCAAUGCGAAAACUCUACUGGAAGCUGCCAGCAAGUUCCAGUUUCACACCUUUUGUAAGGUCUGCGUUUCCUUUCUAGAAAAACAGCUGACCGCCAGCAACUGCUUAGGGAUAUUAGCCAUGGCCGAAGCCAUGCAGUGCACGGAGCUCUACAACAUGGCCAAGGCUUAUGCCCUGCAGAUCUUCCCGGAGGUGGCCAACCAAGAGGAGAUCCUCAACAUCUCCAAAGACGACUUCAUCUCCUACAUGUCCAACGACAGCCUCAACACCAAAGCGGAGGAGCUGGUGUACGAAACGGUCAUCAAGUGGAUUAAGAAGGACGCUGCAAUCCGAGCGCAGUACGCGGCGGAGCUGCUGGCCGUCGUGCGCCUGCCCUUCAUCCACCCCAGCUACCUGCUCAACGUGGUGGACAACGAGGAGCUCAUCAAGUCGUCGGAGGCCUGCCGGGACCUCGUGAACGAAGCCAAGCGCUACCACAUGCUGCCGCACGCGCGCCAGGAGAUGCAGACGCCGCGCACGCGGCCCCGGCUCUCCGCAGGGGUGGCCGAGGUGAUCGUCCUGGUGGGGGGCCGCCAGAUGAUCGGCAUGAACCAGCGCGCCUUGACRGCGGUCACCUGCCUAAACCCCCAGAACAACAAGUGGUACCCGCUGGCCAGCCUGCCCUUCUACGACAGGGAGUUCUUCAGCGUGGUCAGCGCUGGCGACAACAUCUAUCUCUCAGGGGGCAUGGAGUCGGGGGUGACGCUCGCCGACGUCUGGUGCUACAUGUCCCUGCUCGACAACUGGAACCUCGUGUCCCGCAUGACAGUGCCCAGGUGUCGACACAACAGCCUGGUGUACGACGGGAAGAUCUACACCAUCGGCGGCGUCGGCGUGGCCGGCAACGUCGACCACGUGGAAAGGUACGACACGAUAACGAACCAGUGGGAGACCAUCGCUCCUCUGCCCAAGGCCGUGCACUCGGCCGCCGCCACCGUCUGCGGCGGCAAGAUCUACGUCUUCGGCGGCGUCAACGAAGCCGGMCGAGCCGCGGGCGUCCUCCAGUCCUACGUCCCUCAGACCGAUGCCUGGAGUUUCAUAGAGUCACCCAUGAUCGAUAACAAAUACGCUCCUGCAGUCACUCUCAAUGGGUUCAUCUUUAUUCUCGGAGGAGCUUAUGCGCGAGCAACCACCAUCUAUGACCCAGAGAAAGGCAAUAUUAAAGCAGGUCCCAACAUGAACCACUCCAGGCAGUUCUGCAGCGCUGUGGUUCUCGACGGAAAAAUUUACGCCACGGGUGGGAUUGUGAGCAGCGAAGGCCCCGCGCUGGGAAACAUGGAAGCCUACGAGCCCAAGACAAACACUUGGACGCUUCUCCCAAACAUGCCGUGCCCCGUUUUCCGGCACGGCUGCGUAGUAAUCAAGAAGUACAUCCAGAGCGGCUGAGGGUAGCGCGGAGCGGGGCCGAGAACUGCUUGUCCCUGCCCAAAGCAGGCGGGGAAGACGCUGCUCCUAAACCAACACACACGGCAGAGACAGGCGACCAGUGAACACAUCGCUCUAAAGUCUUGAAUAAAGAGUCUACAUUGAAUGUAGAGAAAUCAUCCUCACCUUUUGGUGAACAAGGAGCAGAGAGCUCCGUGCUAUGUAUGAUAGUGUAACUUAAUAAUACAAGGGUGUCACUAGAUGUUAUAGUGGCACUUGUUCUGGACGUCGGCUUUUGGUCAACCCAGGUGCAAUAGAAUUUCACAUAUUUUUUAAGCUGGGGAAGCGAGGAAGAAAAUCUGCAUUUUACUUCUACAGCUCAAGCUUGAUUCUUAAAAUAACCAUGCAGAUUAGUUUUACUGCUACACUUUAGGCAUCAGGCUCCUUGGAAGGUCAAAGUGUCCUUACCACUUUGAUUCCUACAUUUGUUUUUAACAAAUACAUGCUUUUCAAUACCAAUGACUGAGAUGAAGCUUGUGUGACAGAUGGCUUACGUUGAUGUCAGUCUUCCAUCGGAUCAAAUGGAUAGUUCCGUAUUCGAGA